GAGUGUUACUCCCGGUCAUCCUCGCUCGGGACUUUUAUCUGGGCGCUGCCGGGAGGCGGGAGGAGGAGACACCGGGGGUGGCCCGGAUCGCUGGCGACACCUUUCUGGGGCUCUAUAAAUUGAGCACCUGGGAUGGGUAGGGGGCCGACGCCACCACCACCAACCCAGUCACAGUCCGGUCACUGACCGCAGCUGCGAGAAGCUGAGCUACUUAGCGACUGGGACUCUCCAGGCCAGGACGAGGUCAGGGCUCGCCCCACGGACCACGCGCGCCAUCGCGAGCUACCGGACGCCAAAGCCAGGAGAAGCCGCGCGUCCCGCAGGGCCGGGCUGUGAGCGGGCGGAGGAGGAGCCGGGAAGCCCGCCGCCCCGCGCUCUGGCUGCAGCCCGGACCCCGGCGCGGGUUUCCGAGAGCCCCGGAAGGCGGGCACCCCCUCGCCGCAGCCGGCCAUCCCGUGCCCCUGCCCUGCAGCGUCCGCGCGGUCACCAUGAUGCAAAUCUGCGACACCUACAACCAGAAGCACUCGCUCUUCAACGCCAUGAACCGCUUCAUCGGCGCCGUGAACAACAUGGACCAGACGGUGAUGGUGCCGAGCCUGCUGCGCGACGUGCCCCUGGCCGAGCCCGGGCUGGAUAACGAUGUCGGCGUGGAGGUAGGCGGCGGCGGCGGCUGUCUGGAGGAGCGCACGGCUCCGGCCGCUGGCGCGGGCAGCGCCAACGGCGGCUUUUUCGCGCCCUCCCGGGACAUGUACAGCCACUACAUGCUGCUCAAGUCCAUCCGCAACGAUAUCGAGUGGGGGGUCCUGCACCAGCCGCCACAGCCGGCGGGGAGCGAGGAGGGCGGCACCUGGAAGUCCAAGGACAUCCUGGUGGACCUGAGCCACUUGGAGGGGCGCGGACACCGGCCGGAGGAGGACCUGGAACAGCAGUUUCACUACCACCUGGCGGGCUGGCACACUGUGCUCUCCAAACUCACGCGCAAAGCCAACAUCCUCACCAACAGAUACAAGCAGGAGAUUGGCUUCAGCAAUUGGGGCCACUGAGGAGGGUCGCCCACCGCUGACCAGCACCCUUCCCGGCCCCAUCUCUUACCCUCUCUUUUCUCAAAGCUGUUUUCUUUUUGGCUCUAGGGCGUGAUGGGCCAACGGCAAAUUUGGGGGGCUGAGUACGUGAAAGGUGUGCAGCAGGGCUGCAAGGAGGAGGGGGCCUCUUUUGGAAGAAGAGAAAACAGAAGAGAAGAGAGAAGGGAAGGGAAGGGAAGGGAAGGGAAGGGAAGGGAAGGGAAGGGAAGGGAAGGGAGAGAAGAGAAGAAGAGAAGAGAAGAGAAGAGAAGAGAAGAGAAGAGAAGAAGAGAAGAGAAGAGAAGAGAAGAGAAGAGAAGAGAAGAGAAGAGAAGAGAAAGUGGUGGCGGCGGAGAGGGCGGUUGCUCAGGACCUCCUUGCCUCCCUUGGGACGGUGGGGGGAGGGGAGGUCUGUGUUCUACCUUGGUGGGAAUGCAACUGGGCUGACGCCCUGCAUUCAGCCUGUGCCUUUCUGGAAUUUCUUUACUGUUCUUUCCGGUGGAAGAGGGCCGAGAAGGGGCCAUGCCAGGGCGCGGCACUGGGUUGCCACACUUGGGAGCGCCGCCCAGAAGAGCUGGGCGCUGAGGAAGGCGGGGCAAGCUGCAGCCUCCCGCCUCCCCGCGCUUGGGCUGUUGGAGGCCGCAGCGUUGCUAGGAUUGCAUCAGUUUUCCUGUUUGCACUAUUUCUUUUUGUAACCGUGGCCCUUCCUUAAGUAUUUCGGACCUCCUCCUUGCUCUGAAACUUCGGCGAUUCCAUUGUGAUAAGCGCACAAACAGCACUGUCUGUGGGUAAUCGGUACUACUUUGUUAUUAAUUAUUUUCUGUUCCACAGUGUAGCUGUCCUGUGGCACUCUACCCAUGCCUUUCUGGCCACCCUGUCCCCAUCCCAGUGAGUGUAAGUUGGCACUGUGCCAGCUUGUAUGAAGCUUGCCAUUCAGCCAGUGGAAAUAAUAUUAUUAUGAGAAAGUGGACUUGUCUGAAAUGGAACCAACUGAUGUUCUAUCAGUGUUGUAUAUAGAAUGAUGAAGAGUUCCACUGUUGUUAUAUGUCUUAAAUUUAUUUAAAACUUUUUUAAUCCAGAUGUAGACUAUAUUCUAAAAAUAAAAAGCCAAAUGUGUUAAUGAAACUCCA